CCUUCGAAUGAUCUAAUGGAUAGCCGAGGUUUCCUGCUCGGCGACUCAGAAAAGACACAGGGCGGCCACCAGGACUGGAGCUGUGCGCUUGAACCGGGCUGUGCGAUCAAGCCAACCAAACGACGUCGACGGUGAACCGGCUGCGGUUAAACCUCUGCGUCCUUUCUUGGGGUUUCGCAGCCAAAACCCUCGUCAACCUUCGAUCUCUCUACAGUUACUUGGAGCUUCCGGCGGCGGGAGAGGAUGGCCUUGUCGAGAUUCUAUGCGAUUCGGCGCUUCCAGCGGUCAUUUCAAACUCCCCAUCUUCCCUCAGAGUAUUCGAUCUCUUUCGGCUCUUUCCAAAAAACUGAUGCGAUUUACUCCCACUUCCCUUGUAAUCUCUUCACUCCUCGAUCCUCUUCACACUUCCUCAGUUCAGGACUCGAAGGGUUUGUUCUCCGAAGAAGCAUCGCGAGUUGUUCUUGCACGAUUAGCAGCAUCCUUCGUCCGGAUGCUGCCAGAGAUGGGAGCGGUUUCACGUCACGGUCAUCCACGAAGGUUGCAGAGUUCACUAUCUGCUUCAAUGGUUCUAGAUCGAUGUCCAUUGUGAAAGCCCCCGCUGGAGCAAGACAGGUGUCUUUGAAGGUGACCAUGCUGAGCCCAGGAUUUGUCUAUGAACCAUAUACGCCUCGAGAACCUAUUUCCUUUUGGAGAAGAUGGUUCACGCGAAGUGGUUGGAGAAGAACUAAAGAGGAUUUAAUUAUGGAGAUGAAGAGUGCUUAUGCCAUCAACAGGUUGAGAAAAGUAGCUGGAUAUUCGAAGAAGCUUUUUUAUCAACACACCUUAAGAUUGUACAAAGAGAUUAAUACUUUGUUGGCAAAAGGAGACACUUCAUCUCUAAGGAAAGUUGUCACCGAAAAAAUGUAUUCGACCUUGAAGAAUGAGCUAAAACGAAGAGAAUCAAUGUGGAGUUCCGUUCACUGGGAAUUGGUUGAACCUGUGGUUAGUGUCCGAACAUUGCGGGCUCGAAUGAUUGCUUUGGACAAAAAUGAUCUUGAUAAGGCUUUUAUACAGAUGACACUUGAAAUAACUGCAAAGCAGAGGUUUGAAGCAUAUAAUGCAAAAGGUGCUGUUGUUUCUGGAGACAAAACAAAAGAGGUACUUGUACGAGACAUAUGGGUGUUUGAAAGAUCCUUAUUCCAUCCUGGGGCAGACUGGCGUCUUUGCGCACGGUUAUCAGUAUAAGAUCUCUGGAGGCAUAUUCAGUUAUAUGAAAUGGCAAAUCGGCCUCACUGUCCAAGUGCCAGUUUCAAUUGGCCUGUAAAAUCCGUAUGAAGAUAUGAGGAUUUGUCUUGUCUAAUUUCUCUGGCAGCAUGCAUUUUCAUAAUCAGUUAACAGGAUAAAGUUGGUCUGGUCUUGUCAUUCGAGCAUCAUACAUAUCAACAGAGCUUUAGACCUUGUGAUUAGAACUAUUUUUCAGAAUUGGAUUUCUUUCUGAUCUUACUAA